CAGAAGUGGAAGCAGGCAGCUGCGGACAUGUCACAUGCUCUCCUCUGUGAGGAGCACCUCUGAGGAAUGUCUAGAGAAGCAGAAACUCAACAGCUUUUCAUGGAUUUAACAUAAAAAGCGGUGUUUUCUUUAUUAGCCUUUCUGCUUUCGUCUCGUGCCCCUUAAACGCUCCGCUGGUUAACUUUGCUUAAGGUAAUUUACAUGUAAGUUCUACACCUGGCCUGGAAAUCCCUAAUUUUUCCGCUGGUGUUUAGUUUCAGUUUGUAUUCCUGCCUGGGAAGCUCAUCCUGACUUUGCGGCUCUUUCAGCUGACUGAAACAGGACAGAAGAUCACAAACUGAUGGAUUAAUCCUUCAGUUUGGAGUUUAUUAGAGAAGAAAGCUGCUGAAAAAGAAAAAGGGAACCGAAACAGCGGCUGUUUCUUGAAGCGAAGCUCGAAGCAGCUGAACUUUUAGGAUGAUUUGAAGCCUGUUCAGCCGCUCGGUUUGAGUGAAGCGCGUGCUCGUUGGUCGCGUGCCAGCAUGUCGGACCCGGAGAGGUCUCUGCCCGCAGUCCGGAGGCUCAGCUAUGCGGUGGGACACUUCCUUAACGACCUGUGCGCCUCUAUGUGGUUCACAUACCUGCUGGUUUUCUACCACUCGGUGCUGGGAUUCCGCAACACGAAUGCAGGUGUCCUACUACUAAUUGGUCAGAUCGCUGACGCCAUCUGUACUCCCCUGGUUGGCUAUGAGUCAGACCAGACCUCUGGUUGUGCUAACUAUGGCAAAAGGAAGACCUGGCAUUUAGUGGGAACGGUGAGCGUGUUGGUGUCUUUUGCCUUCAUCUUCAACCAAUGCCUGGGCUGCGACCAACACACUCCUCAGUGGGCCAGUUUAAUCUACUUUUCGCCGUUCAUCAUCAUCUUCCAGUUCGGCUGGGCUGCCACGCAGAUCUCUCACCUGUCUCUCAUCCCGGAGCUGGUCCGCUGUGAGCACGCUAAAGUAGAGCUCACUGCGUACAGGUAUGCAUUCACAGUCAUAGCCAACAUCACGGUGUUUGCCCUCGCUUACCUGCUGUUCCACGUUCAGGCCGGAAAGAAUGAAGACUCUCUGGGACCAGCGGACAUUAACAUCUUCAGGAACCUUUCCUUGAUCGUGUUGGGGAUCGGCGCUCUCUUCGCCCUUUUCUUCCACCUGGGAACCACAGAGGGGCGGGGCUCCGGUACGGAAUCUGGAGGAGAAGAGGGGAGGAAGAAGACAGAGGAGGAAGAGGAGGCAGAGGGGGAGCGAAGGCCAUUGCUGAGUUCCUCCAGCGUCUCUUCGUCCCUCCUGCAGUGGAAAUGUUGGCUCCGGCAGCCCUCUUUCUAUCAGGUGGCCUUACUCUACAUGUCCACCAGGCUCAUCGUCAACCUCUCUCAGACCUACAUCUCCAUGUAUCUCAUCAACACGCUGGGGCUCCCUAAGAACUUUAUUGCCACCAUCCCAUUAGUGAUGUAUGUGAGCGGCUUCCUGUCCUCGUUCAUCAUGAAGCCCGUCAGCAAACGCAUCGGGAAGAGCCUGACUUACUUUGUGGGCCUCCUGCUGAUCAUGGCGUUCUCCUACUGGGUGCUGCUAGACAACAAGAUGGGCGAGCAGAUCUACGGGGCGGCCGUGCUGUUGGGAGCCGGGUCGGCCACCAUCUUGGUCAUAUCGCUCGCCAUGACCGCCGAGCUGAUCGCAGAUCAGACGCAAAGCGGAGCGUUUGUGUACGGAGCCAUGAGCUUCACUGAUAAGUUGGCCAACGGAGUCGCGGUCAUGAUGAUUCAAUCUCUGCAUCCAUGCCAUACGGCGGUGUGCUGUCCGGCCUGCGUCUGGUUUUACCACUACGUCAUGGUCGCAGUGACGGGGGGCGUGGCCGUCGUCGCAGCCUUAGCGCUCUGCUCCCUCCUCAUCUGGCCAAUCAAGAUCAGGACACGUGGCCUGCAGGCUGUCUCUGAUGGUUCCACUACAGUAAACUAAGAAGCCUGCCACCACCGUGACGGGACCAGUAGGAAACUGCAGCUCUGAUCUUGGAGGAACAACAG